GGGGGAGGCGGUGCCGCCCCGGAAGUGGCGCGUGCGCAGGCGCGGCGGCUGCACGUGGUGCCGGCGGAGCCAUGGCGGGGGGCCGCGAGCACCUGGACCGCGCGCAGGUGAAGAAGGCGGUGGAGGCGCUGCUGGCUUUCGGCAGGAGCAAGGCCAAGCGGGGCGCGCCGCUCCUCGGCGACAGCGAGAACGUGCAGCUGAUGGUGACGGUCUGGAAGGUCCCGCGGGUGCCGCAGCUCAUCAAAAUACCACUGCCCCAUGGCAUUCGACCAGAAACAGCUGAGGUUUGCCUGUUCACAAAGGAUGAACCAAAUUUGUCAGCAGAACAGACUGAAAAUCUGUACAAGAAACUUUUAAUCCAGAAUGGGAUCAGAAGCGUGAGCCAGAUCAUCUCAUACAAAACUCUCAAAAAGGAGUACAAACUAUUUGAAGCAAAGCGUCGCCUCCUGAACAGAUUUGAUCUCUUUCUUUCUGAUGACCGGAUCAGAAGGCUCUUGCCCUCACAUCUAGGAAAACACUUUUAUGCAAGGAAAAAGGCACCUUUAUCUGUAAACCUGAAAGCCAAAAAUCUCGCUAAGGAACUACAAAAACAUAUCCAGGGGACUACACUCCCAGUUACCAACAAAGGGUGCUGUUAUACAGCACGUAUAGGUCACACUGGAAUGAAAGCUGAUGAGAUACUGGAUAAUAUCAUUGCAGCAGCUGAGGUGAUUGCUAAGAAAUUACCAAAGAAUUGGAAAAACGUAAAAAUUCUUCACCUCAAAACACUUAAAUCGGUUGCACUUCCAAUUUAUACUGCAAAUAUCUCCAACUUGGAUGAGCUUGACAAGCAGCCACCUCUCAAAAAAAAUAAUGUAAAGAAGGGAAAGAAUAAGAAACCGAAGAAGGCAGCUAAAAAAAUUAAUUCAAGUCAGGCCUCUUCAACAACUGGAAUUAAUGCUGCUGCUACCCAGGAGCUUGCGAUAAAAGAGAAAGGCCUCAAAGAACCAGGUGAUCGUGAUGAUGAAGAAAUUCCACAGCUGGUGCCUAUACAAACAACUAUCUUAGCUGAGCUGCAGAAAAUGGAACGAAGAUCAGAAAAAGAUGACAACCUGGGCAAGAAAACUAAAACACCCCUUGGUAAGAGAAAGAAACAGCUUGGAGCUGUGGAGACUCCAAAACCAAAACAUAAAGUUACAGAAGAGAGUGCAGACUUGAAGACGUCACCGAAACAGAAACAAGCCAAGCAGCUUAGCAUGCCGAAAGAGGCAAUAAAAGAGAUUAAAAAGACUCCCAAAAAGCCUGGAGCCAAGUCUUUUGCAACACCCAAAGCUGGCAAAUCCAUACAGUCGGCCAAGAAGUCUUCAAAAACACCAAAGCAAAUACCCAAGAAAGUGCACAGGCCACAGUCAGCAUGAAUGUUGUCUUUUGUAGUCCAUUUUAUAUAAUCAUUCAGUGGUGUCUUUUUAGUAAACAAAUACAUUGAUGUAAAAUAUAUUCUUAAGAAAAUCUGAUUCCAAGAGGUUUUUUUCACCAAGACCUGUAAUUAAUUCAUAUUUCCUU